GCUAUGUAUUACAUUUGCUUCACUGUUGUUUGUUUGCACAACAAAUAACAUUAAAAGUGACAUUUUGAAAACAAGUAAGUCGAAUGCAGCUAUAAUUUUACACCAUUGACAGGCAUGGUUUAAAAACAAAAAAAAAAAACAAAAAAAAAAAACCCAUAUUUAUCACUUGUCCAAAACAGAUCGUCCAAUAGACGUAUCCAUGGAGCAGGGGACUGCUAAGUCAAGUCAGAAAAUCUAUCUUUUAAAAUACUAAGAGGCAUAUUUGGCCAAGUUUUCGAUUCGCGCUUGUGAUUCAAACAGAGAUUCAGAAGAACCGAUUCGUUAAAGAAUAAUCCAUCACUGAUCACUGAUGCGCCACCGAGCUCACACCAGGCGCGCCCGUGGAUCUAUGGGAAGGGGAGAAGGAGUGAACGGACGGCUGGCUUGCUGUCUCCCGUGCUUCUGACUUGUCCAUCUCUCCUCGGGAUCAGUUUUAAAGGGAGCGCCACGUGUUUGUUUUGCGCGUCGCCGCUCUCAUUUUACGCCCGCGCCAGAUGUGAGACCUAAAGGCGAGAUGCUGAAAGAAAGAUAAGGAAAGAACACCGAGAGCACAUUGAGCACAGAGAGCACCUACGCCGCUGUCCAACAUCUCAGACACCAGACUGGAGCGUAAAUGCCGGAGUUCCAGCAUCCGCGUCGCGUAGAGAACAUGGGCUUCCCGUAACCGGAGGUGGAGGGGAGAGGCGGGGAGACGGGGGGUUGGGGUGGGGUGGGGUGGGGGGUGGAAGAGUGCGAGAAGAGAGCAAGAUACAAGAUAGGGGUGGGAAAGAGGGAGGAAAGGUACCGAACGAACGGAGACAAAAGCUCAAUGGUGGGCACCCGCAAGCAUGAGCCGCUGUACGGGAGCGCCAAGCGUGGCCUGAGGCAAUACCGCCAGUAGGACACGCACCGGAGGGCGGGAGGCGGAAGAAACAUGGCCGCCUCGGUAGGGCCCCAGGGUGGCCCGCGGGCUUCCCUUCCGGCUUCUAUGCCUGACAUACCGGACUUGAGCCACCUCACGGAGGAGGAGAGGAAAGUAAUCCUGGCGGUGAUGGCGCGCCAGAAGGAGGAAGAGGAGAAGGAGCAAGCCAUGUUGAAGACGCUUCAUCAGCAAUUCGAGAGCUAUAAGGAGCAGGUAAGGCGGAUCGGGGCAGAGAACAAACGGCAACAAUCCAUCCACAAGGACGAUGCCCCGACCUGCGGGAUCUGCCGCAAGACCAAGUUUGCCGAUGGCUGCGGGCACCUCUGCUCCUACUGCCAGACCAAGUUCUGUGCCCGCUGUGGUGGAAGAGUGUCUCUACGCUCCAACAAUGUGAUGUGGGUAUGCAACCUGUGCAGGAAGCAGCAGGAGAUCCUUACUAAAUCUGGAGAAUGGUUCUCAUCAGGGCCAAGAGGCAGGCCUCUGAGCGUGGCUGGCCCUGAGGCUGACCGGGACGGAAAGCUGCGUUCAAGGUCGCAGGUUACAGCCGGAGCUAACCUCGCUACUGCUAACGACACCCAACCAGCCACUGACCGGACCAAGGGAGCAGAGAUCAUGCCAGCCUCACGAGCUCGGAGCGAACCCCCACGAGAGAAGAAGAGGCCAGUGUCCCUACAUGAGCAGAAUGGCAAGGUCAUUGGCAGAGGUGAGAGGAGAGUGGUACCAGGCAGGCAGCCAGGUCAGGCUGCAGAAGAUCGUGCUCCAGGAGAAAGGCGAGAUAUCAGGCGUCUGGAGAAAGGCCAUUCGCAAGAAUAUGACCACCCUGGUGACACUGCCCACCCUGACCAGAGGCGGAGAAAAGAAGAAGAGGAGCGGGAAAGGCAGAGGCGCGAAGAGGAAUACCAAAAUCGCUACUGUAGUGAUCCCAACCUGGCCCGCUACCCUGUCAAACCUCAGAAAGAAGAACAAGAGAUGCGUAUGCAUGCCAAAGUGUCCAAAAUGCGACAAGAACGUCACCACAGUGACAUGGCCAUCAAUGAAGUAGGCCUGGCUCAAGAUGGUUGUGAGACCCCAGGCAGCCGACUAAGCAGGAGGGCGGUGGGCAAUGAAAACCGGAAAGCACUACUGGAAAACCAUCGGGCAUACUCUGUGGACAGGACCGUGGGGGGUAGUGCUGGUGGGGGGCCUGUUCCUCUACAAAAACAGGGUCAUAGUGUUUCUCACAUGAGCCCCGGAGGCUCCCAAGACCUCAGGGAUGGACAAGAUUGGGGACUUAAAGGUUACUUGGAGCCUGGUUCAGCAGCAUUACUGCACAAGACCAAGCGUGAGAAGGCUGCUGAAAGCUUCCGGAAAGAUUCUUCUCUCAGUUCAGACCAAUCAGAGUGUCUCCGACCACCUCCUCCCCGUGCUUACAGGCCCAAACGAGGCCUCAACAAGAGGCAGAUGUCCAUUAGCAGUUCAGAAGAGGAGGGAGGGUCCACACCUGAGUAUACUAGCUGUGAAGAUGUGGAGAUUGAGAGCAUCAGUGAAAAAGGUGACUGGGAUUGCCAUCCUCUAGACCCCACUAUAUGGCAUCAUCCUGUUACAUGGCAGCCAUCAAAAGAGGGAGAUCAUUUGAUCGGCCGCAUCACUCUGAGCAAGCGCUCCGCCGUGCCUCGAGAAGCUGGCUCUCUGCUCGGGCUGAAGGUGGUUGGCGGGAAAAUUACAGAGACUGGGAGACUUGGAGCGUUCAUCACCAAAGUAAAGAAAGGAAGUCUUGCAGAUGUUGUAGGCCAUUUACGAGCAGGUGACGAGGUGUUGCAGUGGAAUGGGAAGGCGUUGCCUGGAGCAACCGAGAAAGACGUGUACAACAUCAUCUUAGAGUCACAGUCUGCACCUCAAGUAGAAAUAGUCGUUUCAAGGCCAAUUGGAGACACACCAAGAAUUCCAGAGAAGUCACAUCCUCCUCUUGAAUCCACUGGUUCCAGUUCAAUAGAUGAGUCUCACAAGGUGGACCAUCCCUCCAUCUCCGUCAUGUCCCCCACCAGUCCGGGAAUGUUGAGAGAUCUGCCUCAGGACCUACCAGGCCAGCUUUCAGUGAAACUGUGGUAUGACAAAGUGGGCCAUCAGCUUAUCGUCAACGUAUUACAAGCCAUAGACCUGCCUUCACGUCCAGACGGCCGACCGCGCAACCCUUACGUCAAAAUGUACUUCCUUCCUGAUCGGAGUGACAAGAGCAAGAGGAGGACGAAGACGGUGAAGAAGAGCUCGGAGCCAAGGUGGAACCAGACGUUCCUUUACUCACACGUUCACCGCAGGGACUUCAGAGAGCGCAUGCUGGAGAUCACCGUGUGGGACCAGCCGAGAGCGCAGGAGGAGGAGAGCGAGUUCCUCGGAGAGAUCCUGAUCGAGCUCGAAACCGCUCUGUUGGACGAUCAGCCGCACUGGUACAAGCUGCAGACCCAUGACGUGUCCUCUCUCCCUCUACCCCAACCCUCCCCGUACCUCCCCCGGAGACACGUUCACAACGACAGCCCCAGCAAGAAGUUACAGAGAUCUCAUCGCAUCAUUGAGACUGAUUAUGAUGAUGCUAUUACGGUAGUGUCUUCAGCAGAGAGGAACUCCAGAGAGAGGGAGAGGUGCAGCACUCUGACGGUUCCCGAGAGGCAGGCAGCCAUUCAGCAUCGGUCUCGCUCCGUCUCCCCACACAGAGAGGACCAGUGCAGAGGACGUUCACGCCACACACAUGUCCCCAUGCAGAGGAGCUUGGAUGAAAUUCGCCAGAAACGGCAUCAUUCUCAGUCACCCACUCACUACUAUAAUCCACAGCAGGAACACCGAUCUGGUGACUCAGACUAUGACUACUCAGAGGACAGUGAGGUCCUGGAGAUGCACAGAUCAAUCCGGGGUGGGAGCGCUGAGUGCCUGCACACAAACAGCUCCACCCUUCCUGCAUGUCUAAAGAGCAAAUCAACACGACGACUAGAAGGGGGCGGGGUCUCACCUCGAAGCCCCGCCCCACAGCGUGUGCUCAGAUUUACCGAUGAGGUCGGCAUUAGUGAUCUUCAGCCGUCAUUGGACAGAGUGCGAAGUGCCAGUACGACCUGUUUGAGGCCUGAGAGCAGUUUCCGCUCCCCUGACAGCCUUUCGGGCAGUUUGGACAGGCCCGUGUGUGCAAAAACAAACAAGAAAUCUAUUGACAACGACAGGAUCCAGCCCACCUCCAUCCUGCGGGGCAGCAGGUGGAGGAGAGAUGGCCCAAUCCAGUCCUUUGGGCACUCCAGCCAGGACAGAGUACAUCUGCAUGGUGGACGUAACUCCCCUACAGAGUCUCCCUUGUCAGUGCGCAGGGGAAGACAGCUCCCACAACUUCCUGCUAAGAGCAGCAGUAUAGAGCAAGCUUUGGCAGUAGAAGAGCGAGCUCGGCAGUUGAGUCAGGUGCGGGUUCCAUCAUAUCGGCCCGGCUCGUCUGCCAGCUCAGGCCAUGAUCAAGACAUGGAUCUGAAGAACAAGAGAGAUAUGUACAAGAGGAGCUGUGAUAACAUGUCGGCGAGGUCAUCGGACAGUGACGUAAGCGAUGUGUCAGCUAUCUCGCGAGCCAGCAGUGCCUCUCGUCUCAGCAGCGCAAGCUACAUGUCUGUCCAAUCAGAGAGGCCACACGGACGGAUCAGGUCAAAAUCACUGGAGAAUUGCAAAGGAGAGGAGAAAAGGGAGAGGAGGAUCUCAUGGGGGGUGAGCGGGACGGGGCAGCGAAGGAGCCUGGGAAAGAGGCGUUUCUCAGAGGAACUGAAACGCCGGCGCCACACUGUGGCCGGAGAUGUCAGUCGGCAGGUUCGGGCCUCGGCGGGCCGCAACAUGUUAAAGAGCACAAGUGUAAGCGGCGACAUCAACACUCCGGAGCGUACGGAUGGCAGCCAGUCAGAUACGGCGCUCGGCACAGUGGGCAGCAGCGGCAGCAAGAAGCGGCGCGCCAGCCUCAAUGCCCGCUUUGUAGCCAUCGUGGGCAACAGGCGCAGCCGCAGCACCUCCCAAAUCAGCCAGACAGAGGCGUCCAAUAAAAAGUCAAAGGGAGGUGGGACGAUACAGAGGAGCCAGGAGACAGGCAUGGCCGUCGAGCUGCAGCGCAACAUGAGUCGACAGCCGAGUCGCGAGAGCAACAACGGCAGUAUGGCCAGCUACAACUCCGAAGGAAGUCCGAUUUUCCCAGCCGUGCGGGUGGAGACUCAGUUCAGUGACUUCCUGGAUGGACUGGGUCCUGCCCAACUUGUGGGCCGACAAACUCUGGCCACUCCUGCUAUUGGAGACAUUCAAAUUGGCAUGGUGAACAAGAAGGGAAAGCUGGAGGUGGAGGUGAUCCGAGCCCGUGGCCUCAUCCAAAAACCAGGAUCCAAAUCUCUCCCAGCUCCGUAUGUCAAGGUUUACCUGCUGGAAAACGGGGCAUAUGUGGCUAAGAAGAAAACAAAAAUUGCACGGAAAACACUGGACCCGCUGUACCAGCAGACCCUGCAGUUUGAAGAGAGUCCACAGGGGAAAGUGUUGCAGGUCAUUGUCUGGGGAGAUUAUGGGCGAAUGGACCACAAAUCCUUCAUGGGAGUAGCACAAAUCCUACUGGAGGAGCUGGACCUGGCCAGCAACGUGAUUGGCUGGUACAAACUGUUUCCGCCCUCCUCCUUAGUAGACCCUACGCUAGCGUCGCUGACAAGGCGAGCUUCCCAGUCGUCUCUGGACAGUUCUUCAGGACCUGGUGGGGUUCGAUCCUAGUGCACUAAUUUACAAAGCACACUCCACACUCCAGAGAAUCAACCGAUAACAUGACAGGACCACAAUCAGAGGCAGAGCAAAAAAAUGCGAUGAACAAAAGACAAAGCUUUGACGAAAAAUGACAAUCACUCCUGUCGAUUACGUUGGGUUCGUAUUGUUUACCCCCCCCCCCCUCCAUUGUGCGUUCGUGCGAAAUAUGGCCUCUACAUUCUGUCGAUUUUGUUUGUCAGUGACGAAAUCGUUUCAGCCACAAAUUAGUUACGGCUGUGGAGCUACAAUACAAUAUAAUAGCAACUUGGAGUAACUAAAGCAGGGUGAUUUUCAAUUGUUGUUAAAGAAAUGUACAUUUAACAGAGCAGCAGAAUGUAUUGACCUAGAAACACAAUGAUGACCUCUGACCAAGAGAUUGUGGGGUCUGUAUAGAGAUUCCUGUAUAGACAAAGGUUGAAAGUCAAACGGUUCUGACCUUGAAAGAAGCAGGGCCAUUCCAAAAGGGAUUUUUUGGUGCCUAAACAUCGAGGACCCCGGGCUACGGUCCAAUAUCUAUAGAAACGUUACUGUUUUCAGGAUGUUUACCACAACUGAUGGAGGCUACAUUCUCCUCAAUGUUUCCUCUUUGUUUAUUCUUUCAGCUGAUUCUUUUUCAUACCUCUAAUACACAAGUUAUGAGGUUUGUGUUGUCUACAAAUGUACUGUGUGCAUGGUGAUAAUGCUGAGAAUGAGACAAAAAAAAAAAAAAAAAACAGGAUUUGAGAAAAAGUGUUUCCAAAAACAUUUACAACAAUUCAUUGCAUUCUCAUACAAUUUCUAUUCACACGUAAUAGUUUUUCAUAUGCUUUCACACCUUUAACCCUUCCUGAUGGUCUAGGAGUGUACGCUAAUGCUUCAGUUACAGACUUCUGAAACGCCACAUUGACCAAAGAUUCACAGUUCUAAAUGUCAAGAGGACCAAAAAGGCGUACUUGCGAUUCAAAAGAAAGACAUUCACCAAAAAAUACAAACAUGGCUAAUAGAAAAGGAAAAGCAGAAAAGGACCAGCACAGUUUUAUUUGUUUUAUUUAUAAAUGGUCACCACUGGCUUUCAUUUCUAUUAGCAAAGAUGCUAGUUUUGGUUAAGGUACUCCUUGGUUUCAUUACUUAAAGUUCUGCUUUGUCAUCAUCGUCAGACUGAAAGUACCAUUCUUCCAACAAAAGAUCAUUGGUGCCAUUUAGACCUUGCGUUAACGUUUCAUCCAUUUUGUUCCGAUUUGAUUUCUCCAGAGUAAAAUGCAAAUAACAGCUAGCUACAAGGGCAGUGGUGGCUCAUUUGCUAAGGCUUUGGGCUACUGGUCAGAGUUCAGAUCCCUACACCAAGCUGCCACUUUUGGGUAUCCUGCAUCAACUGUACAUUGCCAAGCCAAACAUCAGCCAAAUGAGUAAAUGUAAACAGCGAGGAAUUAUCUAGCUGCCGAUAUGACUGCUUUUUUUAGUGACUGUAAAUGUUUUGUGGUAACUGCUAGCAUAUUAGUAAUGCUGGCUAAUACAGUUGACAAAAAUCUGCCAAAUUGUGUAGUAACACAACCUUGCACCGAUGUAUAAUGAUACAAAACAUCACAAUGGGAAGAUCUUCAAUGGUAACGCUAGUCUGCACGUUAACAUGAACUAAUAUGACAGGAUUUCUAAGAGAUUUGUUUUAAGUGCCCAUGAAAUGGCUUGAUGUAAUUAUGUUGUAGUUUUGUAACAGGAAGCAUGUCAAAAGGCUUGACUAAAUUCAACAACAAACAAAUAGCAUUCAAAGUCAAACUUAAACAUGCAGCCAAGAGUUAAAAGGGAAUUUUCAGAUGUGUAGAACGUCUCACUGCCACUUUGCCCAUUGCAACUUUGUUGUCACAUAUAACUCAUAUCUCUUCAACACACAAUAGACAGAAGCUGCACAACCAAUGCCACAUAAACUCCCAUAGUUAUAGCGUAUGUAGAGUGAUAAACGCAGUUUGUGUACAGAAAUGGGACUACUAUCAGAUGCAGAUUGGACAUUUGGGACAUUUGUCACCAAAUGAUAAACAGUCAAAUUCAAUUGAAAUCCACAGAACACAUUUUUGGUUUAUUUUCUCGACAUAUACUCUAUGCUGGCUAAUUUGCGUCCACGAUGCCAAGAGAUUUGCACAGAAAGAUCUAAAGCACCAAUUCUGAAAUGUUGCUUUAAUGGUCAGUUUAAGGUACAUAGAUAGAUUGCACAGAACACUUUAAGUGACGUUACAAUAAAAUGAAAAAGAAAGCACCUCAGAAAAAUAGAGACAAUGUGUUUUCUACUGGCUUCAGGAUUGAGAGCCAUCCAUUUUUCUUUUGUUUUUGGUUUGGAAUAAUUUGAUGACCCUUGUUGUAUUUGCAUUCUAUGUACUUUAUCUUUAUUUGGCAACCUGAAAUCCAAUCAUAAUAAACCAUAAUAAAUCAUAAUGCCAGGUAAAUGAUAUUAACUUUACGAUGUCAACUUUCUGGGCCACAAUCACUUUCUGACAGCAAUGGCUGCAAAAGCUAGGGAUGCAUCAGACCGAGUAUGAAUACGUGUGCAUAUUUUUUGGUACUCAUCAAUACCAGUACUGAUACUGUUACUGAAAAUAUUACCAACUUAGUAAUUAAGCAAUCAGGGUUUAAUGGUACAUUUUAUCUAGCUCUGUUUAUGUUGGUUGUUGCUGUGUGCAGCUAGCAUGGAAGUGCUCAUGGUUUUUUUUUUGUUUUGUUUUUUUUAAAUAUUUCACCAUUUAAACAGUAUGUUUCGUGAGCAGAGCAGUAUCAGCAAACAUGGUCGAUAAAUAUGAACACUCUAUGAAAGAUACUGUUUAAAGAUAUUUGAACACAUUAAUCAUAUUGUAGAAAGAUGCCUUAGUCAGGCUUCUUCAUAUUUUCAUAUUAAUGUCAUCAUUAAUCGUGAAAUCUGCCCAGAUUGAUGCCAUUUCAUUCAUUAUCACUAUGUUUACGUCACAUACUGUAACGUGGUAUUGGAUGUUGGUGUCAGAGCGUUUUGUUUGAGUACGUCAAGCCGAUACUCGUAUUAGUAUUGAUGUAUCACUAGCAAACUCGAUCAUGUUUGGAUCAUUAAAAAAAAAAAUUAAUGCAAGGUAUAAAUGGGGCCUUUUGUCUGGAUGUGAGCAUUAAUUUUCAUAUACUGUUACAAAAAGGACACGAUAUUAUAUAAAACUAUAUAUUAUUUAUAUUAUCUCUAGAAAUCUUGGACCAGACUUGGUGAAUUUUGUAAGAUGGUGCAAUAUACUGUAUAACACAUCAUAUUUUAUAUAUAUAUAUAUAUAUAUAUAUAUAUAUAUAUAUAUAUAUAUAUAUAUAUAUAUAUACAUACAUACAUACAUAUAUAUAUAUAUUUCCAUUUAUACAUACAUCCAGUUGGAUUUUUAUCUAAAACACACUUUUUUUGUUGUUGGUUUGCAGUUCAAAUGCAAGCACAAGACCUUUGAUGUGUGUUGUUUUUAUUUUCAGGAAAUAAAUGUUACAGUGUAGAAGAAUAUAAAAAGACUAAAAAAUUAGGGGGAAAUUUUGUUUUGCUCAUUGAUCUUUUUUUUUUUCUCUUUCAUUUAAUAUUCAUUUAAACAAUGCUCUUGUGCGACGUUCAAGUGACCAAUCACAUUUUGUCAUUGCUACUACAAAUGCCAAUCAUCUGCCAGGCUACUGGCUCCUCCCACCAGAGGGGGCGGAACAGCAUGACCUGUUCCGAGCUGCAUGCACAUUUUUAUUAACAGACAAAACAGAACAACAAAAAAAAAAAGCUACAGAAAUAGAUACCUGUGUUAGUUCCACAUACAGUAGGCAAGCUUGUUUGUUGCAUGUACUUGUACAGUUUGCUUGUACUUGAUUAUAAAGAGAACUAAGAAACUAAAGCCAUUCACUCUCAGAUCCGCGGAAAAAAAACAACCCAAGUACUUGUCCUACAUUCAUGAAUGUUUUUUUUUUUCCUCGCAUUUCUUUGUCUUUUCUAAUCCCCUUGGGGAAAUAUGUGCUGUACUGUAAUACUGAUCAUAACCUAACCUUUUACAAAUAUCUCAUAUGUAAAUGAUUCUUUACCUCCAAGAGACAGAUUAGCUAAUUAUACAUAAAUUAGAGUGACUCAUAGCUACUGAACUGAACAGGUGUGAAAUACAAUAAUACAUGCACAAAAUACACUGAAUGUGCACAGAUUGUAAAUAUGAACUAACCAUUAAGUCGGUUAAGCCAUAUUUGCAAAAGGGGCCAAGGAUUUUCUUGCAAAAGACAUCUCAGUUCCAGAGGGACCGCUGACUCGCUGGAGCCGAGUCAGGACAUCAGGACCCUCCAAUAGCAUCUCACGCUCAGCAGGCCCAACUGCUCCGCCACAACACAACCAUCUCUGUGAUUUCAAUACAAGCCUCUCACUUCAACAAGCGUUCAUUGGAGGAAAAAAAUUAGCCAAGAUCGUUUUCUUUUCUUCUUCUUUUUUUUUUUACGUGAGCCCAGUUUUCAUUUGACUUUAUCAGUAUUACUGGGUAGAAAAUGAAAAGAAAAAAAAAUAAAACGCUGAUUGUUUACAAUUCACAUUAUAUGUUCCACUGAAAUGAGUCAAGGAAAAAAAUAAUAGGUUAUAAAAAGUAUUCACUUGCAACACUUUUGUUUGUAUAAAGAUGUGGCUCAAAUGAUGUGUAUGUUUUAUAUAUAAAAAUAAAAGAGUUCAUUUUUAUUAUUUCCAAAUAAAAAAGUGUGUGG